AUGAUUACUGCUGCCAACCAAAAAUCGAUAGUAACAUUAAAUAAUGCAAGUAAUACAUAAUUCAAAGAGGAUCUAGAAAUUAAUUCAUAAGAGCUGCAUGACCUGCUCGAUGGGUUUGACAUUGAUGCCCUUAUCGAGCUCAGCAAAAAUCCAGGUUUAGCUUGUUUACCAAACCCAACAGUAAGUGGAAUCUUGGCUGCUCAUGAGAGUUUACUAAAGCAGGAAUUCGAAGUUGGAGACGACGAUUUUUGUGAUACGGAUGAUGAUGACUAUAUGAAGCAAGAAGACUACCCAAUUGAGACAAAAACCAUGAUGGACUACGUGGAUGAUUUAGAAGAUGAAGAUGAAGAAGAUCAGCAUGAAGUAGAUGAUCUAGAAGAGAUUCUUAGGAAUGAGAAAAUACAACUUCAAUAGAUGUAUCCAGAAUUGCUUCUUUAAAAUCCAAGCUUAAUAUCUGGCAAACCUAAAAAACCAUAUAAAAGAAGAGAAAGCUUAGCUUUUAGAAGAGAGCAAGAGGAAUGCAUGCUGCUUCCCUUUAGAACUAAAAGAUAUGAAAAGGUAAAUAAUAAUGGAGAGGAAAAGUAAAUAAAGGCUGAGGCUAAAAGAGUCAGAGUAAAUGAAAGAGUGAAGAAAAGACAAAGACUCCUCUGA